AUGGGUAAACCAAGAGGAAGACGUGAGAAGCGCCACGAGGAGCGGCACGAGCCCGUUGUGGAGCCGGAGCCGCAGGAGGUGACGCCAUUCUUUGGGCUGCUCGACUCGACCGAGCUCGAGUACUUCAAACAGGCCGAGUCCACGCUGAACGUGAACGCUUUCAGUAGCAGCGAGGAAAGAGAAGCGUUUGUGGCGAGUGUUUUCGAGGAAGCCAAGGGCAAGGAACUGAAACUGGUGACGAACCAGAUUUGCUCGAAGCUGGUAGAACGGCUGAUUCUGGUGGCCACGGAAAAACAGAUGAAACAGCUGUCCAGCGCAUUCAACGGCCAUUUUGUCGCUCUGUGCAACCAAAAGUACUCCUCGCACGUGGUGGAGACGUAUUUGGUGCGCAUGGCCAUGUACGUGGAGAAACAGAUGACGGGGGCGCCGGAGGAGCUGGACGAGGACGAGGAGUACGUUUCCAUGGAGAACAUGUUUCUGUUUUUCCUUGGCGAGAUCAAACCGCAGCUCGACAGACUUGUGGUGCACCGGUACGCGUCGCACGUGAUCCGCAUCACGCUGCUGAUCCUGGGAGCCAAGAAGCUGCCGUCGUCGGUGGAGUCGAAUUCUGUGCUGCGGUCGAAAAAGUCCAAGAUUGCGCGUAAAAUGAUAGAGAUCAAGGACAACGAAGACUACGAGCGGUCGUUCAUGACUCCGUCGUCGUUCAAAGAGCAAUUGGCAGACGUUCUGGCGCUUGUGAACCAGCACCACGACACCAAGUCGCUCCGCGAGCUCGCCAUCGACAAGAUCGGGUCGCCUGUGAUACAGCUGCUGGUGCAGUUGGAAGGUAUUGUUGAUAAGGAGCGCACACUAUGGUGCAAAAUUUUUGCCGAGCCGGAUAAACCAGCCGAGCCCCAAGAGGAAGCGUUUGUGGAGUAUCUGCUUUCUGACGCGGUGGGGUCGCAUUUUUUGGAAACGGUGAUAACUACACAGCGUCUGAAAAACGUGGAGCGUAUUUUCCAGCUCUACAUGAAGGACCGGGUGUUGAAGCUGGCAAAGAGAGAAACAACAGGAGCUUACAUUAUCCGGGGAUUGCUGAAGAAACUCAAGGCCGUGGACCAGAAGCGACUGCUGGACGAGCUUGUUCCAAACUUAAACGAGCUGAUUGUGAACGGGUUCGAUUUCGGAGAGAGUGUGAUGACGUGCUCGCAAGAACGUGGAGACUACUUGAAGCCUGAGAUUGUGGCCAAGUUCACAGGGUUUUUCCGCCUUGAGAACAAUGGGGAUAUUCUGGAGAGCGUGUUGAGAUUAUCGAAUUCCACUCUAGGAAACACACGGGGGGAUUGGCCUACGGCAGAUGAAAGACGCCGUUCAUUGUUCUUGGAGAAAUUGGUUGCGUAUGAUAAGGCAUUUCUAAAAGAUUGCGUGGAAGGAUUAAUUGGGUUGGAGUCCGACAGAUUGCAGGAGAUGUGCAAGCACGGUGUAUUUUCACAUGUUGUGGAGACGUGCCUGAACAGACAAGUCGAGAUUAUCAGCCGCAAAAAAUUAUUGAACCAGUUGAUCCCUGGUGUGGGGGUGCUUGCAUGCCAUGCAACAGGGUCCCAUGUUGUCGAUCGUCUUUGGGAUUUCACCUUUGGCCUGAAUAUGUACAAGGACCGUAUUGCCAAGCUGCUCUCUGAAAAUAGAGACGUGCUUAAAAAUAGUGGAUACGGUCGCCAAGUGUGGAAAAACUGGCACAUGGAACUCUACAGCAGGCGGUAUGCGGAUUGGAAGCGGGUCAUCAAAGACGAACAAGAUAGAGAAAAAGAGCUUGACCAGGACAAAGAACAUAAAAAGCACUAG